AUGUAUGCGUGUAACAUCUGCUCCAAGGGUUUUGCAUAUAAAAGCGGGCUUAGUCGCCACUCUAACAAGCAUAAAUCCACCACUUUCCCCUGCGACACAUGUGGAAAGAAAUUUACAAGACGGGAUAACUUAAUCUCGCACAUGAAAAACAAACAUCAGCAGAGUACUGAUAACAGGAAGCUAACCGCACACAACAUGAACAGUAAUAGAAAAUAUAUAUACAGACCUUUCAAUGAUAAUAAUGACCAAUUGUCAAACAUGGAUAAUGAUGAUGAACAAACAGAUUGUGAGAGUAGCGAAGAUAUGCUAGAAAGAGAGAGCGGAGUUGACCCAAAUGAACUUGUAAAUGAUUUACGUUAUUAUAUCGAAGAGUGUGGUUUGACUAAAGAACAUCGUGUCUGUAGUGACAUUAUCAACAAGCUACAUGAUAUGGGAAUAAUUCAGUAA